CAGGAGGCGCUGUGUCGCUCACAGACAGUAGAAGAAGAAGAGAAGGGUGCCGCUUUUAGCCGGUAGAAGAAGAAGAAGCAGGAAGUAAGACGUGGUUUCCUCGCGCCUGCUGAGGUGGACUGAGCGGGUCCUGGUUUACACCGGUACCGAUGGAGUCUCUGCAGGACUUCCUGGACCGGUUCGGGCCCAGCAGCCAGGCGGAGACCGAGUGGUUACGGAACAUCUUCACGUUCAUCACGGAGCACCUGAGCGCGCUCAAAUGUGGCCCCGCCCCUCCCGGUAGCCCCGCCCCUCCUGCUGCCUCCGGCUCGGGAACAGGUGUGUGUUGCUGCUGCUCUGUGCUUGGUCUCAGUGUUCGUGUUAUGCAGAGGAUCCAGGAGCAGAUGUGUGUGUCUCACACUUUACCUGUUAGCUACAGGCUGCUGUCCGUCUCUGAGCUCGUGUCCCAGCAGCACCUGGCCUGUGUCAGUAACCUGUCCUGGAGCACCAAUCAGCAGCGAGCGUGGGAGAAGGAGGCGGAGCUCUCUCUGCCAGGAGGCGGAGCUCUGCCCAGGGUCAAGCUGCUGCUGAUUGGCUGUUUGAGAGAGGGGCGGGGCGGAGAUCUGAGGCUGACGGACGGCAGAGACAGCGUCAGGUGUGAGUGCCUGUCUCCGUCUCCUCUGUGGCUCCAUCGUCCCGUCUUCCUCCCUCACUGGAACUACAUCCCCCAGAAUGCCUCGGGGCAGGACGAGGCUGGAGGCUGCCUGGAGCUGAUUGGUUCUCCUGUUCUGCUGUGUCCUGGUCCUGAGCAGGGAUUGGCUGCUGCUGCUGAAGGGGCGGGGCCACCCCCAGCAGUGGGGGUCAGAGAGGCCGCUCGGUUACUAGGCAACAGGGUCAGAGGUCAACGGCUGUCUGUGUUCGGGCAGGUGGGGUCAGUCUGCCCCCUACUGGUCGUCAUGGAAACAACCUUCUUCUGCUUCACCCUGACGGACCAAUCAGAGAGCGUCCCUGUCCUCGUUAAGGACUCCAGGAGGUUGUUUUGGUCUCAGUGUGUGUGUGUUGGUCAGAGUGUGUGUGUGACAGAGUUGCGUGUGUGUGUCCUACGAGGCUGGAGAGGAAACAACAUCCUGAGUGUGACAGACCGCUCUGAAAUACACACCAACUACACACCUACACACACACCUACUGAAAUACACACCAACUACACACCUACACACACACCUACUGAAAUACACACCAACUACACACCUACACACACACACACCAACUACACACCUACACACACACACACACCUGCUGAAAUACACACCAACUACACACUGACACACACACAAGACACGUCCACACUGGUGACAUCAUGGACUGAGGACAGCGAGGGGGCGGAGCCUGAGGGAGACCUCCUCCAAUCAGGAGCCAUGAUGAAACAGUCCAAAAUCAUCAGCUACCAGGGCACAGUGACUGAGGUGGUGAGUGAGGGGGCGGGGCUGUACGUGAUUGACAGGAAGGUGGGUCUGUGUUUGGCCUAUCAGCCGCCUGGAAGGAGGAAGCUGAGACCAGGAGACAGAGUGGAGCUUCAUCACGUCCACUUCCUGUCCCUGGCCUCUCCUGACUUCCCUCCCAGAAUGCUUUGCACCUGCCUCAGGUCCAGUCUGAGGGUCACAGCCUUCAGCAGAGUGGGGGGGUCUCCUGGCCCCUCCCCCCGGUGUCCAGGUGACGGGGUGUUGCCACGGUUACUGCUGCAGAGGAAUGUGGGCGUGUCUGAAUACCUGUGGGCGUGUCACCUGAGCUCACAGCUCACUCACAGUCUCGUCCCCACAUUGCUGAAGGACCAGUGUGUGUGCGUGUUGUCCUGGAGACUGAUGGAGACACUUUGGAGACGCAGAGGACAGAGAGACAUCUACUCAGAGAUGCUGGAGGAGCCUCACACCUGUCCUCUGUCCCAGUACUCUGUGGACUCUGCAGUUCUUCAGUACACCACCAUAUCAGACGUCCUCCAGUGUCUCCAGGCAGACUGCUGGUCCUCCCUGUCCCUGGCGUCUCUGCUGUCCCCUGGUGGAUCCAGUCUGACCAGGUCCCAGAUCAACUCGGCCCUGUCCUGGUCCUGCAGGACGCUGUCCUCUGACCCACGGACGGGGGACAGUCUCAGACGGCGCCCCCUGCUGCUGGUCGGCCUCCUGGAGCUCCCGUCCCUCACGUCUGAACUCAAACACUGUCUUCAGCUCAGAGACGCCACCGGAGCCGUGGGCUGCGUCGCCACGGAAACCAGCCCAGACGGCGGGCGUCAGAGGUCGUCCUUCAACACGGCCUGGAUAGGUUGUCUGGUGUGUGUCUUGCAGUUCACCAUGGUAACAGAGAGGUUCCUACAGUCAGACUUCCCCUCCUACCAACACCUGGACCAGGACAAGUUCAUCACACACAAACACAGCAGAAUUUACCUCCAGUUUUCUCUCGACCACGUCCACAUCCUGAGUCCCUCCGUUGCCAUGGUAACACACCUGAGACAGAAGCAGGAAGCAGAAGAAGAAGAAGAGACGGCAGCAAGGAAGAGAAGAAGAAAAGACUCCGCCUCCUCUGUUACCGUGACGACCCGGCCCUGCAUCUCCGUGGUGAUCAGGGUGGAGCAGAAGGAGGGCGUGGCCUGGAGGAACAUGGGGGUGGGUACAAAGGAAGAGGAGGCGGGGCUUAGGCUGAGUUUCUCUGUCAGAGCUGCUGUGAUUGGUCCAGUGGUCAGCUGGGGGCGGGACCCUAAGAACGGACCAGUGACACAGAGGGAGACGACAACAGGGACAGAGGACAAGGUGGUGUUGGUGUUCUCAGGUGUGUCCACUCGAUGGUUCCCCGUCCUCCAGCCUGGAUGUCUCUACAGACUCACAGCUACUGACACACAGGAUCCCAGUGUUUUGAUUGGUUCUGGAGUUUCUGGGAGAAGAGGGGUGGAGCUCCACACUGACUCCACCCUCCAGGUCAGAUCUGAUUGGAAGUUCCACACGCUGCCACGCCCACUGCUGCCGCCCACCUGUGGACAGGAUGUCCUGUCCCCUGUCUUGUCUGUCUCCGAGGUGUUGGACUGCAGUGAUUUCAGCUCAGAGCUGGUGUGUCUUCAGGGAGACGUGUUGGACCGGAUCAGCCUGAGGGACACGUCCACUGGGUCUGGAGACACUCACACAGGUGUGCGUCUCACACUGUGUGACAAAACUGGGCGGAGUCUCCAGGUGUACCUGGACUUAAGCCACACCCCCUAUCCACCUGGCCUGUUGCCUGGCAACACCUUGCUGUUGUCUUCCUUCCAGAGGAGGGUGUCCAGGACAGGAAGUGUGUACUGCUCUCAUCUACCUGUCAGCUGCAUCACGGUCACAUCACUGGGAGACAACAGCUGUGUGAAGCCUCCUCCAUCUCCCAUGAUGCAUCUGGGUCAGUGGGCUCUAAACAGAGAGCACAGGUGCAUUGUGGGUCAGGUCAAAGGUCAUGUGGUGUGUUUCCUGUUCCUGGAGCUGCAGUGGAGCUGUUCACUGUGUGGUAGUCUGUACACAGAGUGCUGCAGUUCUUCUCAGUGUCGUUCGACCUCGUCUGUGUUUGAGUCCAAAGCAAAGGUGGUGGUUGACGAUGGGACAGGUGAGGCUCACGUCUGGGUCUCAGGUGCUCUGGUUCGUCCUCUGCUGGGAUUGGCUGAUUCUCAGUGGGAGGGGCUUCAGAGGGUGAUCAGGGUCAAAGGUCACAUCAGAGCUUACCCCCGGGGGCGGAGCCUGGUGUGCGGUAGUGACUCUGAAGACCCCGUCCUCCACUUCCUGUUGUGUUUGUGUAGCAGCCACGUUGUGUGUCGGCCUCUUUCUCUCACCUGCAGGAAACAGACCAACCAGACGUCAGAGGGUAAAACACUCGUUCACACUCAUCCAGAGGUGCGUAGGUUCAGUCGAGGUGACAGAGACUUUGUGACCAGACUGACUCGUCCUCUGCAGCUCACCUGUCUGCUCCUCAACACCUGAACUCUGCCGCUGGUUCCUUCUUCAUCACUUCUCCUCCAUCGCCUUGUUGCCACGGUAACGGCUUCAUAAGCCCCGCCCCCAGGCUCAGGAUCAGACUAAAGACUUUGUGUAAAUGUUGAAUAAAUGGUUGUUUCUCUA